CUCAGUAUCACAUGCAUUCUGCCAUACUGUAUGACCUGCUUUCGUUGCUAUUUUAACAUGUAAACACAAACCUAUUGCUUCAUAAUACGGAUCAUAAGAGUGACAUUCUUUGAAGAGGAGUCUGCAAGUUUAAAAAAUAUGGAGGGCGAACAUAAAACGGCCCCUAUAGAAAUCAGCGCCGAUCAUGACGACGAUGCAAGUAUUUUAGCAGAAUUCGAGAUGCCUGAACAUCGGGUGGAAUGGACAGACGUAAAGGGAGCCCAGGAUGUAAAAGACGCCCUGAAGGAAUGCAUCCUGCUGCCCCUCAAGUUCCCCGCCUUGUUCAAGGGCAUGCGGGUCCCACACAGAGGGAUUCUGUUACUAGGGGCUCCAGGAACCGGAAAGACGCUUCUUGCGCGUGCUCUUCAGACGGAGGCCGGAAGAGACGUCACCUGCUUCUACGUUCACGCAUGGGACCUUCUCGGAAAGUAUUCAGGCGAUCCGGAAGAGAAAUUGCGGGCUCUAUUUUCGGCAGCCCAGUCCCGGGAGCCGGCCAUCAUAUUUCUGGACGAUAUUGAGGUGAUCGGCUCAGACUCGGAGAACGACCAGAACAGGAGUGCAUGCAAUGAAAUGUUGAUCGGCUUUUCACAGCUCCAAAACAAUGUGUUUGUGGUAGGCCUCACCCAUGCGCCCUGGGCCAUUAACCUGGCGUUGUUGAAGCGAUUCAGCAAACGGCUGUAUAUGCCUCUUCCUGACACGGACGCACGGACGGACAUACUAGGCGCCCAGCUCCGCUCCAUGGACCACACGCUCACGCAGGAGCACCUCCGGAGCCUUAGUUCCCGGUGCGCGGGGUUCAGCGGGUCCGACCUCGUAGUGCUUGUGCGUGAUGUCGCCAUGGAACCCGUCCGCAGGCUCCAGGCCGCCACACACUUUAAAAAGGUAAACAAGUCUCAACUAGAGGAGACCACAUGCUCCGAGGACGAUAUGUACAUGUACAUCCCGUGUGCACCCGAUGACCCUGUUGCCAUGGAAAUGACCUGGACCGAGAUUCCAGAACAUUCGUUGGGGCCUCUUCCCGUUAACAUGGAGGAUGUACUCAAAUGCCUUGAGAAAACAAAGCCAACAAUUUCACAAGAUGAACUACGGAAAUUCGACGAGUUUGAUGAAAACAAAUAUUGAAUUGCAAAAAGAUUAUCCAAUGUGAUAAUAAUGGACCUCAUGUGUUUUCCUCGUUUUGAAUCUCAAUAAUUCCACGAAUAGUGACCGUGCAGAUUUUCAGAUGUUGGGCCAUUUCUAGCAUAUUCCAGAAAUUUGAGGAGGAAAUAAAUCAGAACUAAAUGUGGACUCAAGUCUGGAGAUACCAUUUCAUGAUAAUAAAUGUGAGUUUGAAUUAACACGGAUAUGAUAAUGUACCAAAAAUAUAAAUCCCGAAGAUUUAAUUGACGAAUGAGGGAGACAGCCUUAAGACAUUAACAUCUAUUUUAAGAUACUUUCAACCAUUUCUGAUGCGUAUGCCAAGCUCUUAAUCCUGAUAAUAAUCAGGAAUAAUCCUAAAUUAGAUCAUCCCCGAGUCUUAGAUGUGUAACUAGACACUAGACAUAUGUGUACACUGGCAUGACUUAACACUAGCAGUAGCAGCACUAUGUACACUAACUAUAUAGUAUACAAUCGGAUACUUGUAAUGAUAAUGAUAAGAAUACAACGUUAUCAACCAAUAAAAUUGCAUAAAGGCAAUCUUGAAGUACUGGAAUUAGUCAUUAAGAAUAUCAACUUUGCGGGUGUUUAAGGUCCGCUUACUGCCACUCAUCCGAUCAACACUCCCUUCGUCAGUUUGCGUUGACAAUGGAGUAGUUUUCUAAGACAGUUAGAUGAUCAUUUAAUAAGAUGGCCUAAUAAUUAACUAUUACAUAUGAACUUCAUUGAGACCUGCUCUAAUUAUCACGUUUCAGUCUCCAAGAUGCUUCCAAUAGCUGUACAUGAACGGCCAGUAUAUUAAUUGAAAUUUUGUUUCACUUAUGAAAUAAAUGGAUUCCGUUUUGCGUUGGAAGAACUAAGCCUUCUUUUGUAAGCAAGGCCAAGUACCAAAAGACCUCGUACAGGAAGGCCCAGUACCAAAAAGGCCAGGUCCCGAAAGGCCCAGUAUUAAAAAGGCCCACUACCAAAAAGGCCCGGUCCAGAAAAGCCUAGUACUAAAAGGGCCCUGUCUAGAAGGCCCAGUAAAAAAAAAGACCUGGUCCAAAAAGGCCCAGUACCAAAGAGGCCCUGAUCAGAAAGGCCCAGUACCAAGACGGCCCGUUCCAGAAAGGCCCAGUACAAAAAGGCCCAGUGCCGAAAAGCCUGGUCCAGUACCAAAAAGACCUCACACAGGAAGGACCGGUCCAGAAAAGCCCAGUUCCAAAAAAAAAACGGUCUAGAAAGGCCCAGUGCCAAAAUGGCCCAGUACAGGAAGGCCAAGUACCGAAAAGGCCUGGUCCAGUACUAAAACCAAAAAUGCCCUGUCCAGAAAUGCCCACUACCAAAAAGGCAUGGUCCAGACAGGUCCAGUUGAAAAGGGCCAGGGUCCUGAAAAGCCCAGUACACAAAAAAGCCCGGUCCAGAAAGCCCCGAUGCAGUAACAUGUUGUUUUCAUAAACCUAUAGAAGCUGACAAUCAAUUGUUUUCACAUUUAUGUUUGGAACAUCGAUUUUAUUAAUUCAGAAAUUGGCAUUUUGCAUUAUAUUUGGAUUCAGGAAUUACAUCAACACCUACUAAUAUAUUGAAACAUGUAAAAUGCAUGUCUUUGACAUGCAUGUGAUAUGGGCUUAGUAUCAACACACAAUUAAAAAUAUUGAAUACCAAUACGGUUGUUCAUUUGAGCUAUGAAAAUGAAUUUUAAAAAAAAUCAACAAUA